CGCAUAUACAACAAUCCUUUUCUUUCUUUCUAUCUUUCUAUUUUUUUUUAGAAAAAGAGGAGACAAUUAAUAGCAGCAAUACGUUAUAAUAAUAAUAUAUAAAUCUUUUCCAACUAUAGUAAUAAAAAUAUUAUGCCUGGUACCCAGAUAUAUGCGAUUACCGGAGCCAACCGUGGUCUAGGCCGGGGCAUCGCACUGGCACUUUCCCGGCGCAGCACACCAGAGCAUCCGCGGCACCUUCUCCUCAUUGGCCGCAACGCAGCCGAGCUCGCCGCAGUAGCCGCCUCCUGCGUGUCGGCAAAAACACCAUGCACCAGCACCACGGUGCUCAGCACAUUCGACCUCAGCAACCCCUCAAGCAGCAGCAGGUCCGUCAUAUCCGCGCUCGCACAAAUCAUCAAUAAAAACAAGUUGCCUGGCACAGCAGGCGUAGAGUCCCUGACGCUGGUUAAUUGCGCCGGCACAUUGGGAAAUGUCAGCAAGCAGGUGAGGGAAUACUCGGAGGAGGAGAUCCACCAAUACGCGGUGAUGAACUUCGUAUCUUUCAGCACGCUGACAUCCCAGUUUCUGCGCGAAUUCUCGCACUCUUUAGAGGGGGAGAAAGGCGGUUGGGUGGUUUGCGUGGUGAAUAUUUCGUCGCUUUUGGCCGUGGAGGCGUUCAGCCAUUGGGGGCUUUAUGCGGCAAUUAAGGCUGCGCGCGACCAGCUUGUAUGCGUUGUGGCCAAGGAGCAGCCCAGUGUGCGUGUGCUGAGCUAUGCGCCGGGCCCGCUGGACAACGAUAUGCAGAGGGAGGUCAGGGAGACGAUGGGCGAUGAGGAGCAGAGGGGGAUUUACCAGCGCAUGCAGCGGAGGGGCGAGCUCGUCAGUGUUGAGGAUUCGGCGCAGGUGCUGUGUGAGAUCCUCGACCUUGGGCAGUUUGAAAGUGGGGCACACAUUGAUUACUACGAUGUAAAGCGGGUAUGAAAUAGUGCAAAAAAACAAUGUUUUUCAUAAUGGUUUUUAUUAGGCAACAGGGAGAGAGUAACAGCAGCAUCAUCGCCGAAAACACCCCACACGUUGCAUGCUAUUUUUUUUGUUUCUCAUAGUUUUAUUAUUUCAUUAUUUCCUAUUUCACUUUACCACACUAAUACCGAUUUUUUAUUAUUCUUGUUGAAUAUUUCGGAAUGAGCGCAGACAUGGACCUCUGCCAGUAAUGUAUCUUGUUAUUCCAUAUCCACUUUAAUUCCAAUUUUAAUUCCAAGUACACUUUUAAUUCCAAUUCGAAGUACACUUUUAAUUCCAAUUCGAAGUACACUUUUAAUUCCAAUUCCAAGUACAAUUCCAAGUACAACUACAACUCCAAGUACAACUACAACUCCAAGUACAGCUCCAACUCCAA